GAAUCCCACCUUUAUUAGUUGAUGGCCGUAUUUCAACAACAACAAAUUUAGAUGAAUUUAACAAUCCAAUUUGACUUCAACGUAUCGCUCAAUAAUUCAAGAACCUUCAAAUACUAUAUUAUAUACAUAAAGUCAUCGAAAAAUGUGAAUCUCCAAACUUUGCCUAGCUGCAUUAUAAUAGAUGGCGCAGCACAAUGUUUCCUCCUUAAUUAAAGAAAAAAUGAAUCUUGAAAAGCUCCAAAUUAAAUUCAAGUCGCCAUACAUUGCUGCUUUCUUCCUCAUAGCUUUGGUCAGCGCUCUUCUCUAUCUCGACAAUGCUUCCUCGAUUCGAGAUCGAGAAACGGGGAAGGAUCGCGACGAGGGCGAUCCCGUCGCCCUCGUUGCAAACGGGACGAGGUGCGACUUGUUUUCGGGCAAAUGGAUAUACGACGUCGCUUCACGACCGUUGUACGAUGAGGAGAGGUGCAGUUUCAUGCUAGAUGACUAUGCUUGCAAGAAAUAUGGAAGAAAAGAUUUUGAAUAUCAGAAGUGGAGAUGGCAGCCUCAUCAAUGUGAUCUCCCCAGGUUUAACGGCACGGCUCUGCUGGAGAAGAUACGAGGAAAAAGGGUUGUCUUCGUGGGAGAUUCCUUGAACAAGAAUCAAUGGAAUUCGAUGCUCUGCCUAAUCGAAUCUUCUCUCGAUCAAUCAUCGAAUAAAUCUGUGGUUAGAUAUGAUAAUUUGUUCGUGUUCAAGGCAAAUGAAUAUAAUGUGACGAUAGAAUUCUAUUGGUCUCCUUUAUUAAUGGAAUCAAAUUGCGACGAUCCAUACACUCAUUCUAUAAGAGAUCGUAUAGUUAAAAUUACAUCCAUUGAGAAGCAUGCUAAGCAUUGGAACGAUGCAGAUAUACUCAUCUUUGAUGCAUUUAUGUGGUGGCUUGAUCCCACCAUGACCCUACUAUGGGGAUCCUUCGGGAGCCCCGACGCAAUCUACAAAAAGGUGGAAAUGAAGGUCCGUCUCUACGAAAUGGGCCUAACCACUUGGUCGAAUUGGUUGGAAAUCAACAUUAAUCGAACCAAAACAAAGUUGUUCUUCAUGAGCAUCUCACCUUACCACUUCUUCGGUGAGACGUGGGAGGAAAAAAGCUUUUGCUACAACCAAACUAUGCCAAUAUCGAAGGGGUCAUAUUGGGGAAUUAAUACAGAUGUAGAGAUUAUGCACGUCGCAGAAUCUAUCAUUCAAAAGAUGGAGACGAGAGGAUUAAAUAUCACGUAUUUAAAUAUAACGCAACUAUCGGAUUAUAGAAAUGAUGCACAUCCAUCAAUUUAUAGGAAAGCUUUUCUUAAGCUAAGUGAGGAGCAACUAUUACACCCUCUACGCUAUUUGGAUUGUGUUCAUUGGUGUUUGCCGGGAGUGCCCGAUGUUUGGAACCACAUCCUUUAUUCUUACAUUAUGGAUUCUUGAGAAAUGUGUACCACAAAUUAGAUUACUAGGUUGCAAGAAAAAGGGUUGUAGAGUUACUUAACUUUUUUCUUUUUUUCUUUUGAGGUGGUUUAAUUUCAUAACUUUUUUUUGUAUCCAAUAUGUAAUUGAAAUUGUUUCAUCCUCUA